CACCGGCAGACGCUGCUGCCUCGAGUCUGGUGACCCGCAUUCGCGAGGCGGCUGAGUGGGUCGGCUCACCUUAGUUAGUUAGUUAGCUAGCUAGUUAGCACUCGCUCGCUCGCUCACUCGCUCUCAGCUGCACUCUGCACGCCGGCUGCUGCGCUCCUUCGCACCCUCGCUCCACCCCUGGAUAUUGGCACAAUCAGCGAGACUCGCCGCCUUUCGCACGAUCAAACACGGCCGUUCAUUCCAAAAUGACAGAGACAGCGAAAUUCCUGCUUGUGACGAUGUUCGCUAUUUGGGGUGUCGGUCUCGCCAUGACGGUGAACGGCCCUGACAAAGGUGGAACACAAACCGCAGAAGGCGGACGCAACGAGGGUCGCGGUCUGUUCGCGCCGAGGGUCGAGUACGACGAGUGGACGCCGCUGGGCCACGGCGACCCCCUGAAGAACGACCCGACCUACGACUACGUGCCGCCGGUGCUGGAGCGCGUGCGCUACUGGAUCGAGCCGGCUUCGUCCAAGCAGAAGCCGGCCGCCGCCGCCCACAACAACAACAACCAUCAGCGUCCCAACAAGCAGCGUCCGCAGACGACGGACCGGCGGGACAGCCACCCCUUCCUCACGCUGGUCGACGGGCCCAAGUUCAACAAGCCGCGUCCGCCCUACCGGUCUCCCCCGCCGCGCCCCACGCACACCACCCCCGCCCCCACCACCGACACCACGACCCUGCCGACCACCACCCCUCCGGCCCCGGUCUUCCUGCUGACGACGGCCCUGCGCGCGACGCCCCCUCCCACCCUGCCGCCCCCGACCGCGUACACGGCGCCGGCGUCGCUCACCACCGAUCCGCUCUUUGCCCACUACAAACAGCCCUCGGAGCCCCUGCAGGGGCCCAUGUACCUGAUUAUCGAGGGACACUCCAAGGUGAAGACCUACGGCGCCAGCAAGCCGGCCAACCCGAACGCGGUGAGCGAGUCGAGUCGGCGGCAGCGGCGGCGGAGGCGCAACCGACGCCUCAUCAGUUCCUUCCUCAAGAGUUUUCUGUAGUGCCCCCCGAUGAGUUUGAACUCGCAUUGAAACUGACACCGUGUGAGGGUUUAUAAUACUCGAUAUCUGCUUCGAAUUUUUGUUUCAACCAGCGGGGGCCAGUUGUGCGAUAAAAUUGGUUCGCACUGCGCAGAUCCAAGAUGGCGUCUGAAUGUGGAAAACAAAAAGCUCUCUUUGGAUUGCCGUACGAGUGUCAGGAGUUUGUACAAGUAAUGCAAAUUAUAUGUCACAAUAUUGACAAAAACGACCGUUUUUUCGCGCCAUACUCCACCGGACGCCAUAUCUGCGCGUCGCACGAAUCUGGCCCCCGCUGGUUUGUUUCAACGUUUCUCCUGUGUUCACCUUUUUGUAUUAUCCCGCCUAAAUACUUUUAAAUGUAAUUCAAUAUUAUGGCAAAUCGGUGUUUUCGCAACUGGAUGCCAUAGCUUAAGAGGCUCUCUUUGAUCUUUGCUUUUUUCAAAGAUCGAUUAUUUGUGUGUACGAAAUAUAUUUGUUAAUUGUUAGUCGAUCGCUUCUCAUUCCGCAAUAGUAUGCAAUUGAUGCAAAGUCCCGAGUACCCGGAAUAAUAUUUCUUGCUAAAAGUUACCACAACCACGCGAAUAUUUGUAUGUAUGCGAUAAAUAUAUAUGUAUUAAAAGUAACACGCAAGCUUGCGUCCAAACGAGGAUGCUGCAAUUAACGAGUCUAUGUUUUCUCUUCACAACGUGCAUUUUAACAAACCGUGUAUACAAUGCCCAUUCAAGCAGUGCUCGCUCAUUCAUCAACAUACGCACGCACACCGCAUUUUAUUCAGACACAUUUUGUGCAGCCGCGCGCGGCGUUGAUUAGUGGAUCAGUAUGUCGCUAAUGUGUUUCAAAGGAAUCCUGCCUGCUUGCUAUACGCUUUUUUUUGCUACCGCGUUCGAUUCGAGCUCGUGACUUGCACUUUGUCCGCAGCAACUUUUCAUCCGCUCGAGUUUCCACACACACUUCCAUUCAUUUUCGUCCCACUGUGUUUUAGUCAAACGUGCGAUUAUACUGUGCUUCGAGUGCGAAAUAAAAUGUUCAUAUUUGGCAUGGCUUUUCACGCAAAAUGUGCAAA